AACUAAUCACCCCUACCUGUCACUACCAUGUUCUUAGACUCGCCGACGUUCACGUACGGCAUCAUUCUGCUUGCGACGGCAUUAUACUUCCUGAACUGGCUCAAAGAGCACAAGGCAAGUGAAUACCCGCUGAUCUCGAAUGUACCUGCGCUAGGUCCGACGGCCCCGUUGCUCUCUUACUGGGGAGCAUUCAGGUUCAUGAUCAGUUGCCAAGAGAUGCUCGCAGAAGGGCAUGCGAAGUUCGGUGGGAGCCCGUUCAGGAUAGCGACUCGCCGGUAUUGGCAUUAUAUUGUCUCAGACCCUAAGCUCCUUGAUGAGCUACGACGCGCACCGGACGACGAGAUGUCUUUCGCUGUAGCCGUGUCCGAGGCCCUAGAGUUCGAAUACGCGCUAGGUGUGGCAGCGCUGAAAGAUACAUAUCAUGUGCCGAUUAUCAAGACGACGCUCACACGCAAUCUGAGCUACCUGUAUGGGGCGAUUUACGACGAGAUAUGUAACGCAUUUGCAGACUGCAUCCCUGCGAAAGACGAAUGGAUAGCCAUGCCCGCAAUGGAUACUGUUAUGCAGGUUGUCGCUCGGACGAGUGCCCGUAUCUUCGUUGGCCUCCCUCUCUGCCGUAAUCAAGAAUUCUUGGAUAUCAGCGUUAACUACACAACGGACGUGGUCAAGACUGGGCUUAUACUGAACAUAGUACCUGUUUUCCUCAAACCGACCGCGAACCGGCUGAUCAACAGGGUCGACAGAACCAUAGACCGUACAUAUGCUUUACUGAGUUCCACGAUGGAGGAGCGGCGAGCCAUGAUGGAACAAUGUGGGGACGAGUGGACAGACAAGCCUAAUGACUUGCUCCAGUGGCUCAUGGAAGCCGCAGAAGGGGUCGAGCGUGAACCGAGGGCCCUGGCCGCUCGUUUACUUAUGGUCUGUUUUGCUGCCAUUCACACGACUUCCAUGAGCUUCACUCACGCCUUGUACCACCUUGCAGCACACCCAGAGUAUAUGAAGCCGCUGCGGGAGGAUGUUGAAGCUAUCGUUGCGGAACAUGGCUGGUCGAAGGACUCGCUGCAGAAGAUGCGCAAAGUUGACAGCUUCCUGAAGGAGUGCCAACGGUUCCAAGGUAUCGGCAUCGUAUUCCUUGAACGCAAAGUGCUGAAGGACUAUACCUUCUCCGACGGCACAUUCAUCCCCAAAGGCAGCUGCGUCUCGACCUCGAAGAUGGCAACGCACGACCAGCGUGAGUACUACGAUGACCCGUGCGUCUUUAAGCCGUGGCGCUUUUCCGACAUGCCCGACGAGACGGGCGAAGGCACGAAGUACCAAUUAGCCAACACAAGUAUGAAGUUCCUUCCAUUUGGCGUUGGGAAGCAUGCUUGCCCGGGACGGUACUUUGCUGCGAACGAGCUGAAGACCAUGAUGGCGCAUCUUGUGAUGACGUACGAUGUUCGCAUGGAGAAGCCCGGAGAGAUACCGCGCGUGCUCCGUUUUGGCACUACCACAUCGCCCAAUCGAACAGCGAAGGUUUUAUUCAGGAAGCGGAAGGACUGAAAUGCAUUCAAGCGAUCUGUUAUUGUUGUGCUUUAAGUCAUUACCACUGUGGUUGCGAGUGGUCGGCGUGGUAUAGUAGUACAUGGUGUUGGCUGAGCACCUGACGUCGCACCAGGUGAUGUCAAUCCCAGGUAUUGUGCUUGUAUAUGUUGGGAUUGGAUAGGUAUCUGGACAACUUGCACAGUAAUGGUGUGUAAUAGCGUAUCCACGCUUUCGCGCACAGCUGGAAGAUGUGUUUGGUAGUACACGAACCUGCCUUCUCUAAAGUAUACGUAUCAUCAGUUAUAACAUACGUCAUAAGUAGCACUACAUGCAUGCCGCGGCAUUGAUUCAUCUCGUCUAUGAAGGCGGUGAGGAUCAUGGCGCGGACAUCAAAGUCGUGAAGUAAUAAGCGUUUACUAAGUCAAUAGACGGUAAGUCUACUGGCAAACGACCGCAGCGAAAGCCAGAGCGACACCACCGCAACCCUGAAGAGACGCCAUGCUCGAACUUGCCUUUGUUCGUGUGAAAGCCUCACGAGCACGAGUGACAGGCGCUUGGCCUUGGCCUUGCCGGCCGGCGUCGCACGGACUGCGACCGCAUACACCGAAGCUACGACUGCAUCUGCCGCCGCACGGUGUCCGCCCUGAGCCGCACUGGCCGUAGCAAGAAUCAGCGUCGGUGGCAGACUGCUCCUCUGGCGUGCUCGCGCCGCGCCAGUCAGGUCCAUCGUCGUCCUCGGGGCUAUCGAGUGCGCAAGGCGCGGUUUGGAAGACGUAUGUAUAGCCUGAGAUCGCCAUGGUGAUGAACUAAAUGAGGUCCGAUCUUGUACGCGCAUAAGGAGGAAGAUGUCGUUUGCGGAUUAUACGCGUUGCUACAGCAUGCUAUCACCGGAACCUGAACUGUUCUCUGAGUGUG